UGUUCCUUGAACAUCUUGUGGAGUGGCGGCACUGCAAUGGCAGAAAGCGAUGAUAGCGCCUGGUAAUUGCAACCAAGUGUCUUCGCCAUUGCUGUUGUCGUGGUGGUCACCGAGAUCGUCGAGAUCGAUCACUGCUGUCGCGACUGACCGGCACAAGUUCGCCUCGUGUCUUUACACACUGCCACGAUGUCGUCUUUAAUCACUGAGCUCGCCGAAUACCAAGUCAAGCGCAAGGAAUUGAUAUCCAGGGAUAGAUCUCUUCGACUGGACGUUUUGGAUCAAGAUAACCUAUCCACUCUCGAAAUACAGGCAGACCACUUGAUUCGCAGCAUUCGUGCAACUGAGGCUGAGUCGGUAUGGAGUGCAGAUUAUCCUUCUAUACCUCAUCCAUUCCCUGGCAUGGAAUUCUUGACCGGCAGGAGUAUCAUUGUCCAAACCGAAAUAUACAAGAUUCUAUGCAAAAUGCCCAAGGGCGCGCUUCUCCAUGCCCAUCUAGACGCGACGGUGAACGCAUCAUUCCUGUAUGACCUUGGACUGCAAGAACCGUCAAUGCAUGUGCAGGUUCCAAAAGCUAUCAAUGCUCAAACUUUGAACGCCGUGCUCCCAAAGUUCAAGGCACUUCCUGCAGAGCUUCACAACAACGAAGCAUUAUCCCUUACCUCACCAUCCUAUGUCCCGGACUCCUGGCUUUCUCUUACCCAGGCCAGAGAGCAAUUCGACUCAGAGUUAGGAGGUCCAGAUGGAUUCGACCAAUGGGUUCUUGGCUGCUUGACGAUCAAUCCCGCAGAGGCGUAUGGAACACACAACACCGUCACCAAGAUCUGGCAAAAAUUUGUGAGCACAUUUCGAGUCGCCGACGGUCUUAUACAGUACACGCCAAUUUUUACCAAGUACAUUCGCGAGUUCAUCCGAAGCUCUAUAGAAGACGGGAUUUUAUAUGUCGAGCCGAGAGUGAAUUUUUGGAUCAAGACCAUGGUGAAUGCUGAUGGUGUCGAGAAUGUCACACACAGAGAGCUUCUCAUGAUCUUCGAGUCGAUCUUGGAGGAGACCAUCGUUGACUUGAAAGCUCGAGGAAGAGAAGACGAGUUCGUUGGGGCAAAGAUCAUCUACACUACUAUUCGAUUCCUUGAACCAGACGAGCUGGACUGGUAUUUUGAGGAUUGUAUUGCUCUGAAAAAAGAGUUCCCCCACUUAAUUGCAGGCUUCGACCUUGUAGGGGAUGAAAAUGUCUUAUACCCGCUGUCACAUUACACGGAGAAGCUCUUAAACUUUCGUCAUAUGCAGAAAGACGCAGGUGUCGAUAUUCCUUUCAUUCUCCAUGCCGGCGAGACCCUUGGUGAUGGUUCCAAGGCUGACAUGAAUCUCUACGACGCUAUUCUGCUGGGAACAAAAAGGAUCGGACAUGGAUUUUCUCUAGUCAAGCACCCUGAGCUGAUGAAUAUAUGUAAAGAAAAGAACAUUGCACUCGAAGUGUGUCCAAUCUCAAAUGAAAUUCUGAGACUGACAUCAUCGAUGCCCAUGCAUCCGCUACCGAUUCUUCUCAACCACGGGAUACCCGUAGCACUUUGCUCUGACGAUCCUUCGGUCUUCGGCAACAUGGGGCUUUCUUUUGAUUUCUUUCAGGUGCUUGUAUCAAGCGACGUUACUGGCCUUAUUCAACUAGGCGCUAUGGCUAAAGACAGCAUAAAGCACUCUAUGCUUGAAUCGGACCAGAAGGCGGUCGCGCUGGAGAAAUGGCAUAAGCAGUGGCAGAAGUUCUUAGAGUAUGUUGUGUCUAGAGCGUAGAUGCUUUCAUGGAUAUAGUCCACUUUCAUGUAAUCCUGGCUAUGUUACCCGAAAAUUACAGAAGCACGACGAGUUCUCGAG